AUGGCACUUUGUCAGGGCCAGAGUGGGACCCAGUACUCCAUGUCUAAAAGGUUCAUGGUCACUGAUCUAGAACUUGGUCAGACAUGGAAAAUGGCAAGGUCGCCCACCGCAUUCCAGGCCAUUGCCUUGUCUUUUAUUUUGAUGCUGAACUUUGAUGAUUCUGAGAGUAUAACUGACAAAAGGAUAUCAAGAAGACAUGCCAUUCUGGAGGUUGUAGAUGAUCAACUUAGAAUCAAACCGACUCAUAUAAAUCCUUGUUUUCAUCAGUCUUCUGAAAAGAGCCAGCUAUUGCCAUUGGAGACAAAUAAAUGGCAUUGGUUGAAUCCAGGAGAUAGUUUUUCCUUAUUAGUUGACAAAUACACUUUCCGUGUUUUCUCUACACAUUCUGAAAUGGAAUGCACUUUAAGAAACAGUCAGAUGCUGGAUGAAGAUGAACUAUUCGAUGAAUCACCUACAUCUCCUCCCUUUUCUGCAAAAUACAGAAAUAGUAGUGAGCAGCCAAACUCUGUCCAGAGGAAGCGAAUCCUCCCAGCUUGGAUGAUUCAAGGAGAUCUAAAUGUUCAGACCCUUGAAAUGCCAUUUACCCAGGAAGAUAAUGGAGUAACAAAAGAAAAAAGCCAUAUGUAUCCAACAUCAUCAAAAGGAAGAAAAAGAUUGUCUUCCUCAGAAAAGUCAGAAAAUAUUGAAGCAGAACAAGAUCCAAAGAGAAGGUACAAAGCUGAUGACCAGGAAGAUUCUACUAGCUCAUCAAAGGAAGCAAAUGGAUCAUCUGAUGUUGUAGGUGUAAGGAAAAGAGAGAUGAUUAAUACCAAGGCCAAGUCUGAAAGAUCUGAAAUCCCAGGAGAUCAAAGAGAUGAAAAUCUCGAUGAUGAGAACUGUGAACAAAGAAUAUAUCCUAGAAGCAAAAUAAAUAAGACAGAUGAAAACAAAAAAGAUGUAUCCAUGGAAUAUUCUGAGGAUCCCAAAAGUGAUGAAGACAAAUUAUUCCAGAAGAAGACUCAAGGGCUUGAUCCAGAACAGAGCUCUGACCCUGAAGCCUCUAGUUCAACUAAAAGCAUAGCUGUUCCACAAGGUUUUGGGGGAAAUCACCCCAGGAGAACACCUUGCUUUUAUGGAGCAAGUUGCUACAGGAAGAACCCUAUCCAUUUUCAACAAUUCAGUCAUCCCAGUGAUGGGGAUUAUGGAGAUACACAAGUUAUGAAUCAGGAUGAGGAUGACAACAGACCUGAAUGUUCAUAUGGAGCUUCUUGUUACAGGAAGAAUCCUCAACACAAGAUAGAAUAUAAGCACAGUAAACCAUCAGAGAUGAAAAUCAAGAGAUCCAGACACAAAGCUAAUAAAAAAGGUACAAGUGUUUCAGAUGACAGUGAUAAUGAUGGCCAACCAAAUGAGUAUGAUUUGAAUGACAGCUUUUUGGAUGAUGAUGAAGAAGAGUAUGAACCAACAGAUGAGGAUUCUGACUGGGAACCAGCAAAUGAAGACCAAGAAGUUUUAGAUAAAGAGUCAUGGUUCCAUUGCUCGCAUGUUAAGAAGAUUCCUAGAGUAGUAGUAGAAGAAGAAAGAGAUCCAGAAGAAGAAGAUGGAGAGAUAGCUGAGAGAUUAUCAUCAGGCAACAUGUCUGCAGUCAAAAAGAUUGAGAAAGAGGACAAUGGAUCAGAUGGAGAGGACAAUGGAUGAGAAGGAGAGGACUAAAGAAAGAAGAUCAUUGCAGAGGAAGUAUAGCAGACUGGACAUUAACAGGAUAAUAUAUUUUUACACAAGGAUCUACUACAAAAGAGGAUAAUGGACUGAUUUGUAUUUAAAUUGUAAGGUUUUGUAACGUAUUGCACACAACAUAUGGUCACUAUAAAUACAUGCAUCGGUACAUAUUAUCACACAGGAGGAAAAAGAUAGAAGAAAAGAGCCAACAGACAACAUGGGAAGAGGUAUCUGAAGAUCUGGUGAGUAUAGUUGCAUCCAACAUAAA